AUGUCUGAUCUGAUCUGAUGUUAAUCUCACGGUUCAGAUUCAGUCAGUUUGAAACUGGACCAACAGGUCUGAGGAAGGAGGAAACUGAAGCUCCUCCUCUUUCCUCUGAACUGAAGUCCUGAAGGAGGUUUUGAAGCCUUAGUCAGUUCAGUAAGAAGCUGAUUGAAGGGGACUUUGUUGGAGUUUUUUCCAGGAAGAUGAAGAUGUUGGUGGUGUUUGUGAUCCUCCUGCACGUGUCCCAGCAUGCCUCAGCUGUGGAGGUGGUGGAGGGGGACCACUUUGUCCUGCUGCCCUGUGAGUUUCCCACCUUUGAACUGAUGGAGCCCACAGUGGAGUGGAGCCGCUCCGACCUCAGUCCUUCAACCGUCCACCAGCGUCAGCUGGAAGGUGAUGAACUGACAGAGCAGAACCAGCGUUACAGCGGCCGAACGUCCAUGAAGACUGACGCUCUGGACACUGGAGACCUCAGCCUCAAUCUGACAAACCUCCAGCUCUCUGACAGCGCCACCUACACCUGCUCCGUCAGAGAGUUUGGACGACAGUGGGGACGGUCAGAGGUACAGCUGCAGGUCAAAGAACGAUUUCCAUCCUGGGCCAUAGUUCUCCUGGGUCUCCUGGUUGUUGCUCUUAUUGUUGCUGUGGGUCUUCUGGUACAUUUCCGACACUAUUUCAUGUCAGUCCUAAAGGUGGACGUGGAUUCAGGAGUGGAGUCUGUCCAGCUGCCCUGCAAAACCAUAGUUCACCUGUUUAAAGACGUCAGAGUGGAGUGGACGAACAGUUACAGUAAAGUCCAUGUGUAUGAGAACGGCUCUGACCGACCUCAAGAACAGGACCCAUAUUACAGAGGCCGAACAGAGAUGAAAAAAGACCUGCUGAGAACUGGAGACCUCAGUCUGACCCUGAAAAAACCCACAGAUGGAGACACAGACACCUACACCUGCACCGUCUACAGCAGGGAGGGAAACAUCCUGAUGAAGAAACAAGUGGAGCUAAAGGUCAAAGACUGUCACGUGGAGGUGGAUUCAGGGGUGGAGUCUGUCCAGCUGCCCUUCAAAACCACAGGUGACCUGCCUCAAGACGUCAGAGUGGAGUGGAGGACCAGUUACACUAACAGGAAGGUCCAUGUGUAUCAGAACGGCUCUGACCGACCUGAGGAACAGGAAGAUGAUUACAGAGACCGAACAGAGAUGAAUGAAGACCUGCUGAGAACUGGAGACCUCAGUCUGACCCUGAAACACCCACAGACAGAGACAUAGGAAGAUACAGCUGUGAAGUCUACAACAAGGAGAUCAGGAGAAGGAAAACAGUGGUGAUUAAAAUCCAAGGUCAGAAUUA